UCUGCUAGUAGUGGCUUGACUGGAAGAAAAUGAGCUGUGUGUGAGUGUGUGAAAGAGCAGCAUGCUGCAGUGUGCGUUCAUGACAGCCUGAGGACACACAGGGACAGACCGGAUGAGCAUGGCGGAGCAGAAAAAGAUCUUGUGCGUGGGUCUGGUGUGUCUUGACAUCAUCAACGUGGUGGACAAAUACCCUGAGGAAGACUCUGACAGCAGGUGUUUGUCGCAGCGAUGGCAGCGAGGCGGGAACGCGUCCAACUCCUGCACUGUGCUGUCGCUGCUUGGAGCUCCGUGCGCCUUCAUGGGCUCUCUGGCUGCUGGUCUGACCGCGGAUUUUAUUUUGGAGGACUUCCAGGUGUUCUGCAUUGAUGUCAGUCUGGUGUCCAAGCACGCUCAGUGCGUCCCCCCAGCUUCUGUGGUCAUCAGCAACAUCAGUACAGGAAGUCGCACCAUCCUGCACAUGAACAGAAACCUUCCUGACGUCACACUGGAGGAUUUCUCUAAAGUCAAUUUGCAUCAGUUCAAAUGGAUGCAUUGGGAGGGAAGAAAUGCAGAGGAGCAGGUGAAAAUGAUUCAGCAGGUGGAGCAGUAUAACAGCACGCUGCCUCAGCAGGAGAGGAUCACGGUUUCUGUGGAGAUCGAGAAAACCCGCGAACCGCUCUAUCAGCUGUUUCCAUACGGCGAUGUGGUGUUCGUCAGUAAAGAUGUUGCAAGCUACUUUGGCUACGAGUCAGCUGAAGCUGCUGUGAGAGGAUUUUACAGUCGGGUCAAAAAAGGUGCCAUUCUUAUCUGUGCUUGGGCAGAGAAAGGAGCGGAUGCAUUGGGUCCUGAUGGUGUGCACGUUCAUUCAGAUGCAUUUCCUCCUGAAAAACUGGUGGACACUCUCGGAGCUGGAGACACCUUUAACGCUGGAGUAAUCUUCAUGCUUUCAAACGGAAAGUCUUUGCAGGAAGCUCUCACCUUUGGCUGUAAGAUUGCAGGGAAGAAGUGUGGUUUCCAUGGUUAUGAUGGCAUCGUUGAGAAGACAAGCACCUGAAGAACAAACCAUGUUUUUACAGAAUUCAUUUCAGUUUUUGAGGACAAAAACUGGUAAAAAUGUUUUUUUU